CUGGACAGUCGCGCGUCGUUGCCAGGCAACUGUCCGGCGCAGGCCGAGGAGACCCCCGCAGCCUGCUGCGCCCGCGGGCGGAGGCGGAGACGUGGCCGAGGACACGCCCCUGUGCUGGACCGUUCGCCCAGACGCGUGGAGGAAGAAGCCGGGCAGCGGCUCCGGUCACUUUUCCCUGGGUGACCAGGCUGUGUAUGCGGUCUGUGUCCGUUCCACAGCGACAGUGGACCCACACCAGCCUAUCCGUACUCCCGAGGGAGCCGCCGGCAGCUGCUGGGCAGUGGGCGAGCAGGCAACCCCCUCGGGCCCUGUCCAGCGCCGGGCAGCUCCCGCACAGCAGUGUGGAUGUCUCCUGAGCAUCUUCCCAUCGCGUCUAUGCGGGCUUGGCGGCACCAACAUGCAAGGCCAGCGGUGCCUGGGGGGAGCACCUGGCCACAUGCCUCCUCUCUGCGCGUUUCUGAGUGACCUCGCAGAGCAAGCAGGCGGGGUUUCCUUCUGCCGGGUUUCUAAAGACAGCGGUGCGGCCUCGGCACCUGGGAGACAGAGCGGUGGCGCUGUGGAGCGGGCGGGUCCCCGCUCCCUCCUCCCCCCGCCGGGUGGGGGUGGGGAAGCCAGGAUCUCUGGGCGCAGCGGAGAGGCCUUGUCUCCCUCCGCCAGUGCUCCAGACCUAGGGGAACACAGCUGUGCCUGGGGGGAGUUUGAAGGCUUUCGGGAAUCCUCAGCCAGGUCUGAACAGUUCUCUCAGUCCUUUGAGCUCCCGGAGAGGCCCACAGAACCUCAGCCGCGGAGAACCAUUUCCGCCCAAAAGGAGCGUGGUUCUCGCCAGUCUCACCAGGGUGGACCUGGGGUGACAGGAACCAGCGCCAUCACACCUUCUGAGCCUAUUGUCAGCUAUGAGAAGAUUUUUAGGUUCGCUUUUCAAGAAGUACCAGUCCCACAGGCAACUGAAGAUGUUUCCACCUUGGACCAUUUCUUAGAAACAAGCAAUGAAGAAAAACUUGGCCUUGAAUCUGUGCAUAAACUGUGUUCUGAAUCCAGAAAACUCUGGAGAGCUCUUCAGAACACCAGGACCACGAUGACUGCCCGAUGCCGCUGGAGCGAGUCCCGUUGCCGGGAAAACUUCCUUCUUGUUCUCGGAAUAGAUGCUGCUCAGAAGAGCCUUUCGGAGGGCCCGGGCCGCACUCUGGGAGACCCCGACCUCCACGAGCCCGAAGAGCUUGGCUUCCGCCUGCACCGCUGCAGAGCCCUGAUCCAGACCAAGCUUUCAGGGACGCCGGGCGGCAGGCAGGGCAGCCUGAUCACAUACAGCCUCUUCCUCAAGACCCCCAUACACGGAAAUGGGCAAUACAUCACAAUUCCAAAGAAAAAGAAGAUUUUCGCUCCUCGUAACCUAAAAAUGACAUUGUUUAACAGUAAUGUUUGCUAAAGCGGGAGGACUUUGUGUCUUGAUGAGGGAUUUUACGGUGUCUCACCGGUUUGGUUUGGUACUGGAAACCAGAGCUGUUUCGUGGAG